CGUGACUGUGGGCGUCACGUGACGCUUUACGGAAGCUACAUUUGUCUCAGACUUGUUUGCCGCUAACGCUAACGACCUUAAAAACUCCGCUUCUUACUUGUUUCAGAGACUCGACAUGGGUGUAUCUGGAAGAGAGCAGUCUUCUCCAUCACUGGACGACAAACUGCUCCGUUUUAUGGACCAGCUUGAGUUACUGGAGCAGAAAAGAACCUCUCUGAAUUCUCUCAUCGAGCAGGGAUGGUUCACCAUGUCCAAAGCACGAUAUUCCAUGGGAAAUAAACAAGUCUCAGCACUUCAGUAUGCAAAUGAGAUGGAGCCACUGGUUCAUGUUCAUGUUAGAACCCUGGACAACGAUGAGGUGGAAUUUUGCAUCGAAAGGUCUCCUCAAACCUGUGGUGAAGAGUCUGUAAAGGACCUGACGUCUGUAGAGGAUAUUGGACCUCGAGAAGAAGGUGUAAGGCAAAGAAAAAAGACUGAAAUCAUCUCAGAAAAGAAGACAAGUGAGGAUAUAAGCGAGCAGAAAGCUCCUGCCUGGAGAAGAGACCACAAUCCUCAGCAAGACCCCCUGAAGUGGUUUGGGAUUUUGGUGCCGCAGCCUCUUAAACAUGCACAGUCAUCAUUCAUACAAGUAAUAGAGCUGUCUGCUGAGAUUGCAGCUCUCCAGAUUGCGGUUUUAAACACAAGAGAAGAGCUAAAGGACGGUUUAAAAAACAAAAAGGCCCCAGGAGAACAAUUCAGAGACUCUGCUGAUCACGGCAGUGAAUCUAAUACUUCUGCUGGAUCUGAGCAAGAGGGCACCAAAGUUCCAUCGUCAACAGGGAGCCAAUAGAUCAAAGGGUUUCACUGAUGCAUCAAAUAAUUUCUUGCUGUAAUUAGAAGGGAUAGUCACAGAUGUAACAUUAUUACAUCAAAGUUAUUCACAUGGAGUUGUACAGUUAUUAACAUGUAUAAAACAUUUCAAUGUGGCUUGAAAUAUCCCCUUAUGUUAACGUGUUUUUGUUUUGUUCAAUGACUGGUCCAGCUUUAAUAAGUGUUAUUAAAAUGGCUUUUGCUCAAAUCUUCUA